GGGAGAGCUUUGCAAAUAAAAGCAGAGGGGGAGGGGAAAGGGAAGGAAGGCAGGCGAGGCUUCGCUUCGCUUCGCAUGCAAAGCUCCACCCCCCGAUGGUGCAGCUGCCCGGGCCGAGGGCUUUUCAGGAAGCGGUACUUAAAACGGCUCCAGAGGAACAUGUGAGAAGCAGUCGCCGCUGGAAUCCGAAGGGCGAGGAGGAGGAGGAGGAGGAGAGGAGCUGCAAGGGGAAUGGGCGCCGCUGGGUCACAUGCGGGAAGGGGCCGAGCGAGCGCCGCUGCCCGAGCCUGAGGUGCGCCGCCGUCGGGGGCAGAGCGGGCUGAACGCGGGGAAGGAGAGACGCCGGGGCUCCUGCUCCUGCCGCCGCCUCCGUCUCCUUUUCUGCCGGCUUUCCCUUGCUCCGUCGACGCCGGAUCAGCAGCAGCCCUUUGGCUCGGGCUGGGCUGCUUCGCCUUGGGGUCGGUCGCCUUUGCUGCAGUCGGCCAGCGGAGAGGCGAAGCGAAGAACAGACUCCGGCGCCUGUGUGACUCGGAAGGAGACCCUCAAAGCGAUGGAAACCGAACUGGGACCUCCCUACGCAGUUCAGCCGGCCUGCUGCCAGGAGGUGCCAGGCUCCGCUCCUUCAGAGGCCUUUGCUAUGCCGGCAAGGAUCUCCGGAAAGAUCCCGCCGGUCAGGCCUUGUUUCAAAAAGAAGGACGUGCAGAAGCUGCUGGACACAGGGGCACUGAGGGCUCUGCGGCCCAUCAUCACCACCUUGCUGGGGUCUGGCGCCCUGGAUGCGUUCCUCCGGCGCAGAGGACAGAAGAGCAACCGUAGCAACUUGCAUGAAUCUGUCGUGAAGAAGGUCUUGGGGAUCGCGGCUCCCUGCACUCAGCCGGACAGCAGCAUGGCAGUGCUGGUGGCAGGGACUUCGGACGUUCAAGGACAAAUAUCAGGUGGGUCUCCUGACCAGGAGGCCCAGACUGGGGAGCAGAGUUUCCCCUCCGUUACCUCUUCUGCAAGUGAGCCAUUCCAGGACCACUCCUUGCAUGCUGCCUCCAGCGAUGCUGCUGCCUUUCUUUCCUGCCCUGACAAGAUACUUGAAGGUUAUCCUGUGGUGCUCCAGGACAACAACAACAGCUUCAUGGGUCAAUGCCACUUGAAUCCGGCGGACAAGUUUGGAGAUGGGCUUUUCCAGGACAAAAGCGAGGAGGCGUCCCUCGACCUUGUGUUUGAACUCUUGAACCAGCUGCAAUAUCACACCCACCAGAAGGACGGGGUGGACAUCUGCGUGGAUUUUCUGCAGGGGGUCUGCCUCCUCGGCAGCGAUUGCCCCAGGCACCACACGGUCUUGCCCUACCACUGGCAAGUCAGGAGGACAGCCACACAAGUGUGGCAGAGUGUGACCACUGACUCCCAGGAGCAAAUGGAAAGGCUCUACUGCAACCCGGACAACGACAAAGUCAAAAUGAGAUACCGGGGCCAUGAGUUUUUAGUCGACUUGAAUGGUUUGGCACUCUAUGACACGACUGAAUUUGACCAGCUGAGGAGGCUGUCCACGCCUGUGUGUACAAGUUCCAACUCCAACUACUACACCAUCUGGAAGUAUUUCUGCAGGGAUCAUUUUGGCUGGAGAGAAUAUUCAGAGCCUGUCGUGCGAUUGAUAGAAGAAGCCAACUACCGAGGGCUGGCAGAGGUCCGGUUUGUUACGUGGCACAACCGUUACGUCCUGAACAUUAAAGAUGGCUUCCAGCAGAAUUCGUGCAUUCGAAGAGAAAUCAAGAGGAGACCUUUCUUCCGCUCCUGUGUGAUCCUCAUGCCAUACUUGCAGACUCUUGGUGGCAGCCCCACAGUACCCGUGGGGCCGACAACCGACUCGCAAGUCUUAUCCCCGACUGCCGUUACCUCUCCAAACUUCUACCCUGAAACGUGGGUCAGCAUGGAUCCAGCUCAGGACUUCGUCCAAGUGCCUGUGUCAAAGGAAGACAAAAGCUACAGAACCAUUUACAAUCUCUUUCAUAAGACUGUGCCAGAGACCAAAUACAAAAUUUUGAAAAUACUGCGAGUUCAGAACCAGUUUUUGUGGGAGAAGUAUAAGAGGAAAAAGGAGUACAUGUGUAAAAAGAUGACAGGACUGGACCGGAUUAUGAACGAAAGACAUUUGUUCCACGGCACCUCGCAGGAUGUGGUCGACGGAAUCUGCAAGCAUAAUUUUGACCCCCGGGUCUGUGGGAAGCAUGCCACCAUGUUUGGGCAAGGCAGCUACUUUGCCCGCAAAGCCAGCUACUCGCACAACUUCUCCAAGCGCUCUCCCAAAGGGAUCCACUAUAUGUUCCUGGCUAAAGUCCUGACGGGGAGGUACACGGUCGGCAACCACACCAUGCGAAGACCUCCGCCCGUCAACCCCAACAGCAUCACCAGUGACCUCUACGACUCCUGCGUGGACAACUACUUCGAGCCUCAGAUCUUCGUCAUUUUCAACGACGACCAGAGCUAUCCCUAUUUCGUAAUCCAAUAUGAAGAAGUUAGUAAUGUCGUUGUGAUCUGAGAACAGAAUGGGGAGGGGGGGGAGUGUGUGGAAAAAAGAGAGAAUUGCUUCAUGUUGAUUUGUUGUUGUUGUAACAACCUUUUUUAAACCUGAUAUUUGUAGAAUUGGAUCCCUUUUGCUGCGGAAGGGGGAAAAGAAACAAUUGCGGAACUCUGAAUAAAGAUGCUAAGGGGCUAGGGAGGGCGGGGCAGAAAAAAAAGACAUUUUUAAAAUUCCUGAAAAAGACCAAUUGUGCACUUGCUAUAUUCUGUGCAAACUGUAAAUAUUUUUCCAUUGUUUAUAGUCGAGGGGAGAAAAGAAAAACCUGUGCCUUUUGUUAUAAACACUAUUUAUGUUAGUAAACUUAAUGUUUUAAAAAAAGAA